UACACGCGCUCAAACCAAAAACAUGAAGAAACAGAAGGAAAUGAGAUCUACAGGGCGUCUUCAAUUUUUCUCCCUCUCUUUUCUUCCUCGGUUACCACCUGCAACAAACAAAUUGCAGAGAGAGAGAGAGUGCCAAUCCGAAACAAAGAGAAAAAACCCUAGCAUUUUCAGAUCCAUCUUGUCUCAGAGAGGAGAGGGGCAAACGGUUGCCCUAACCUUAACAUAAUCCUCUGUUAAACAUGCCUUCACUGAAGAUCGAGACCGGGCACCAGGACGUGGUCCAUGAUGUGGCCAUGGAUUACUACGGGAAGCGCUUGGCGACUGCUUCUUCGGAUGCGACGAUCAAGAUCAUUGGCGUGGCCGCCUCAUCGCAGCAGCACCUCGCCACCCUCAGCGGCCACCAGGGCCCUGUAUGGCAGGUCGCUUGGGCCCAUCCGAAGUUCGGCUCCCUCCUUGCCUCCUGCUCCUAUGAUGGCAAGGUCAUCAUCUGGAAGGAGGGCACCUCCAAUGACUGGUCCCAAUUUUACGUGUUCUCUGAUCACAAGGCAUCUGUGAAUUCCAUUGCGUGGGCACCGCAUGAAAUCGGACUCUGCAUUGCGUGCGGCUCCUCUGAUGGAACGAUCUCUAUACUAUCAGCAGGCCCUGAUGGGUCCUGGGAUGCCUCCCGCAUCGAGCAGGCACACCCAGUUGGCGUGACCUCGGUCUCAUGGGCUCCCGCCGGCCUCCCCGGCUCCCUUGUGGGCCCCAAUUGGGGCAGUGAGAUCGUCCACAAGCUAGCAUCUGGUGGCUGUGAUAACACGGUGAAGAUUUGGAAGCUUGACAAUGGGACUUGGAAGAUGGACUGCUUUCCCGCACUGCAGAUGCAUGCGGAUUGGGUGAGGGAUGUGGCAUGGGCCCCGAACCUGGGGCUGCCGAAGUCCACCAUCGCGAGUGCAUCCCAGGACGGGACGGUGGUGAUUUGGACGGUGGGGAAGGAAGGGGAGCAGUGGGAAGGAAAGCUUUUGAAGGACUUCAACACGCCGGUGUGGAGGGUUUCAUGGUCAUUGACGGGGAACAUCCUUGCGGUUGCUGAUGGUAACAACAAUGUUACACUUUGGAAAGAGGCAGUCGAUGGGGAAUGGCAGCAGGUCACCACUGUGGAGCCCUAGAUCAAGAAGAAGGGCAAACAAGAACAUAUAAUAAAUAGGCAGGUUUGAGACAGCAGAUUUUAUGAGGGAAUUGCGCGCUCCCAUCGUCAAGAACUGAACAUUCCUGGAUGCUAAAUUUUCUGUGAAGUCUUUCAUUGACUCAUCACCAUUGUGCAUUGGCUGGCUUGCCUGUGCAUGCCGCACGUAAGGUAUUUAUUGGGUAACUUACACAUCAGAUAUCCCACACAUUUUGCUGGGCCUUUAAAAUCUUCUUCAGGGACUAAUACACGUGUAAUUCUUGUUUUCAACAUGUUUAUUCUAAUCCUUGAAGCUACCUAAAAGCAUAUUUAAAAUAGUUACAAUUUCCUCAUUUGCUUUGUGUUAGCUUCACAGACAUUCUGCAGAUGACGCACUGUUGGAGACAGGCGAACAGUUGAAUCCUGUCAUUAGUCCACUAUUAUUUUUGUAUUUUAGGAUGCUGUGUUAGUUUUAUUUUUUGAAUUUUAACUCACCUUAUUAAAUAUUUUAUAAAAUAAUCUAAUUUAAAAGGAUCUUUACAAGUUGAAUCCGUAAAAGAUCAUGUUAUGUUACUAUACUAGGCUGUGGGGCCUCCUACCAGCCAUAUAUUUAGGACUUCUGUUUGGCAUUGGCAAGUUAAGAAAACCGCUGUGGGAUCCCAUCGGGGAAGAAUUUGACUCUUUAAGUUGGCAGGGUGGAAGGGUAGGUUCCUCUCGAUGGCGGGCAGUCUAACUCUCAUCAUGGUCACCCUCUCAAAUGUUCCCCCCCAUCUGCUAGAUGGUACUUUUUCAGAUUGCUAUUUCUAUUGCUGCGCAUCUCUAGUGAAAGAUGUGAAAUUUUCUGUGGUUGGGAGAGAAUGACAAGCACGAAAGUUCACCUCCUGUUUGGGAAAAGGUCUACCUACCUAAGAAACAGGGUGGCGUAGGCGCCGUCUCCAUUUAGGCAGCAGCCCUGCUAGGAAAAUGGUGGUGGCGUUCUGCCCCCUAACACAGCUACCAAUUGGCAAUUGCAGCAAGUUUAUGCCAGAAAUACCAUAUAAACUUCCUUUAUUGGCUGCCCAGUGAGCUGUAGUAGAUCAUGAGGGGUGUGGUGCUCGCUACUAUUGUUUUUGGACCAAUUCUGCUCCAAUGGUCGGUUCAGAGUGAGAUGGUGCUCUUGAUUGAAAUUUUGGACCGACCUAUGGAUUGGAAACUCUCAUCUGCGGGAAAGCUUCAACAAUCUUUAGUUGCUGGCCAGGGACAGUGAUGCUUGGGUUUCAGAUCUCUUUGAACUAUUAGGAAAGGGUGUGGAGCCCAAACGUUAGAAGACCCUUGCUGAACCAGGAAGUUUCUUCACUCCAGUCCCUUCUUACCGCCCUACAAGCUAUACAUACUUACCACUGCCGGGGUCAAUACUUAUUUGGAUGGCUUCAUCAUCUGGUAAGUUUUUGGUACCAUCCUUCUAUGCCAAGCUCUUUCUGCACCCCUCCACCCCUCAUGUAGCUUCCUGUUCUUGCAUUCCUGCCAUUCCCCUGAAAUCUAAGUUUUCUGCUGGUUGCUGAUUUCUGAGUGGGUCCUCAUGGUUGACCAAUGUGCAAAGCUGCAACCUAUGAGCACCUCUUUUUGCUCUGUGAUUGGGCUUCCAGCAUCUGCGCCCAUCUCCUCCACCUUUUCAUACGGCAUUGGGUAUUGCCAUCCUCCAUCCCAUCCCUGUUCCAGAGUUUCUUGUCUCUACUUCCUUUAGAGAGCAGCAAUGACAAUUAUUUGGGCCAUUUAGAAGGAAAGGAACCUGAGAAUUUUCGUGGGAAGAGAAAACUCGGCCACGAGUAUAAUGGAUAGGAUCAAGGCUACAGUUAUCUUUUGGGUCACAAACUCUAAAAGGUCCAGACACUUUGCUACCAGUGACUUUCUUUGACUGGUAAGCCACAUUGGGAACCUCGGUGCCCCACAUUCCUCGAUCCUUACUAUGGCGCCCCCCAGGACCUGGUUCUCUUAAGCUCAACGAUGGUUGCUCCCCCUGCAAUCCAGGUCUGGCUGGUUUUGGUGGCCUUUUUAGAGAUCACCGUGGCAACAUGUUACUAUCUUAGUCUGUGUCCAUUGGCAACACAGAUUCCACUACCGCUGAGGCUGUAGCCCUUUUAAAAGGGAUCAUAUGGGUUAGGGUGGACUGGUUUGAUUGUUUAGUGGUGGAAGGGAAACUCCAAACACCUCAUAUCCUGGGCCAAGAUGGAUUCCUCAUGUCCUUGGCGGCUCAACCACAUUUCUUACAUAUUUUUUACCUUUACAGGCUUAUGCAUAUCUUCUUUCGACAUACAUGGCACGACAAACCAUGAUGCUUAUAAACCUGCUAAAGCUGGAGUGUGUUCUAGUUCAGAACUAGAUACUUCGACCGGUGGAACCUCCUUGGCAAUGUAUUGAGCUCGGCUUCCACUUUUUGUAUUUUGAACAGCAAUCUCUCUUUUGUACGCUGUGUUGUGCAUGGUUUAUCAACCAUUUUUUUAUAGCAGUAUAGAUUCUGUUAGAAGGCUUUUUUUUUUGGAAGCUGCAAUGAGCAACCGUUCUAUGGGCUGCCUGAUUCCUUUUUGUAACUCUUUUACAUUUACAUCUUCAAAAAAAAACCGACAUAAUUAGUUUGAUAUAAAAAAUAUUGCAAGAAUACACACACAUAUGAAUAAUUCAAGGAAGGAAUAACAACAAAGAGGCCUUUGUCAAGCUGGGUGGCACCUAAAAUGGUAAAUUAUCCGGAAACCUUGUUGCAUCACGGCAUAGUACAGUCAUCCAUAUCAACCCUUUGAUCUGCCAAUAAGACAUGAUAUAUCAGCAAAACCAUAUUCUAUCAAUAAUGUUCUUUAUCUUAUUGAAGAUUUAUGCAUAUCUUCCUGGGUUUAGAGUAUGUCCUCUAGUUGCUCAAAUAACGUCCCAACCAAAGGGUUGUUUAGCUUCCAACUUGCCUUCUCUUAAGGGGCCGAUAAAUCACUACGCUAACCCAUCCUUAUUAUGGAACCUUCCUCGAAUUCUAGCUGGACAAAGUUACCUUCCAUUUGUCUGUUAAUGGCACCAAAUUCUGGUGAUUGAUUUGGGCAAGUAUUCUCAAAUAGUCUAGGAGUUCUAAUUUGAUCCUAUCCAUUGUUGUUUCUUAAGUUCCUGCAAUGCACAACCUCUUCUAGGUCCUAGCUAUCUAGAACUGAUUUUAGAGUUCCUAAGUUGUACUGAUUCUGUCUUCUUGAAAUGACAACAGAAGCACGGCCACUAUCUUUAUGUUACUUUUGUCUAACGUUAGUUGGCCCAAACAAGAGUUGUGUAACCCAUGUACUUCAGACAAACCUAGCUAACAUUUUGUGAGGGCUUACUAAACUUUCACUGGAUAUGGAGGUCUCAAUUAGCUUCUUCCCACUCCUUACAGAAAAGCACAUAUUUUCUGAUAUAAAUCCCAAUGUUGAAGAUGUUCUAGCCUUGUGAAAAACACAUAUUUUCCCUCCUUAUUGAAGAUGUUCUAGCCUGGGAAAAACACAUAUUUUCCCUCCUUAUUGGAUCCUUGGGAAGCCAUCGACUCUAGACCAAACACCAGAAUGCUUCCAUCACAUUGCCAAAUAGUUGGGCCUGCAAAACAUUAAUGGGUUUGUCCAGGUCAUGUCUCAACCAUAAUCCUUUGGCUCUCUAGCGUUGUAACUGAGCUUCCAGCCCUUGUUUCUCCACUGUUGAGGAGUGUAACAUGGAUGGAUGAACACACCUCCUAAAAACUCCUGAGCAUUGCCCUUUAUCAGAAAAAAAACUCCUUAGCAUUCCCUUAGUGUUAGGACUCACUAACACUUGUAUUGCUUUCGUUGAACAUAUGGAUGGUCUGUUGGUACUUGGUUGGGUGUUGGGAGGAAGAGAUUCACGUGAGCUCUUAUGGAUGUGAUUUUGUCGGCAUGUCAAGAAACACUUGCUUGAUGGAGACUCACUCGUAUUUUUGUGGGAAUGCUAUGACAUUAAUAGCUUUCUCAUCAUCAUCAUUCAUCAUUAUUUUAGCUUUUUCCCAAUUAAUUGGGGUCGGCUACAUG